AUGGCUAAGGUAGAGCAGGUGAACACGACGGGCCAGAUCACGGUUGCGAAUCUGGUGGUUUUAUCUCGUCUUAUCGCGAAGCAUAUCAAGACUGUGCCACCCCCUAUCCUCCGUUUGUUUCGUUCCGUCAUCGACGCUCGCACUGCUGCCCGCGAAACCUUCCAGCAAAUCGUUGCCGAGAAUCCAAACCCGGAAAUUGAGAGGAGCAAUGUGAGCCACGGGUAUUUCAUCGACGCCUUGACCGAGGCGUUCCACGCACUGGGAGGGGAAAGUUGGAACCCGAACUGCACAAUGGACGACGCUGCUAUUGACGCCAAUGCCCCCAAUCCCAAGGACUCCCUCGACCGCCUUCUCCUGACCAAUCAGUUUACUGCCCUGGACUUGGGCAAUACUGCCGACACGGAUGAAAGAGCCGAAGGAUCGGAUGAUGAGGCCACCUCCGAUGGGCAACCCCGAAAGCGCCCUGACCUUGUUCAGAGAAGACGCCGACAGGCAAGACUAGGCAAAGGGAAGAAAGCCAAGCGGGCUGGAAAACGCAAGGAACGGCCGCAAGAUGACAUUCCUCUCGAGAGAUACCGGAUCAUCGACGAUGUCCAGGCAGCCACCACACUGGCAAGCCCCGAGUAUAUGAUGGCUGUUUGCACCAUUAUGUUGGAGUGGGUCGACCUUCGGAUGUACCUCCAGGACGUAUGGCGCGAGUGCGCUUACGAUGGCUUGAACACUGCCGUUGCGGCCGCUGUUUCCCACAUAGCCGUCACCAUGAUCCAGCGAUCUGCCGCCGAGAUAUUUGUCGACUUCCCCGGCUACGACUUUUACGAGCUGAUAAUGAUCACCAUCACGCGGGGUAAACCGGAAAGGACCGAGGGCCUGUUUAAACACACCGUUCACGCACCCGGCGGCGAGGGUAAAACCGUUCAAGCCAUCUUCGCUGAUAUCAAGGAGGACGUUAUGAUACACACAUACCACGACCUGAUCGACUUCAUCGAGGACGCUCAGAAGACCCGCUCAAAUAGACCGACUAAACGAAUGCUCGGUGAAAUCCGCGAUUGGGACCCCAAUUUCAACCUAGAGCAGGCAACCGAUGAAGAGAGAAUCCGGUGGCGCCGCUGCUAUACCAUAAACUGGCUUUACGACCUAGUCAACGCCUUCUCGUCUUUCCUGGUAAACGACAAUACUGAGGGAUACGUCUUGGAAAACAUCAAUUGGUCGCCGACGGGGCCGUGGGCCAAGUACCGGAGGGUCCUCGGCUUGAACGAGUUUGCCGGUUUCGUCACGUCCCUGGCGAUGCAGAAGCCAGGAACAAAGAUUCUGGGACGCAUCCUGCCACAUCACGUUUUCCAGCUCCAGUGUAUCGUCGACUCCCUGAUGGUUUCUCGCGGUUGGUCGCACAGCCCUUCGAAAGGCCACAAACUCAAGCCACCACCGCCGAAUUUCCGACCUCGGCGCGAUAUCGACCUCUUCCUCGACCGGGAGCAUGAAAGAACAGGCCGUGGAUUCCUUGAAGCCGUUGCUGUUCUCAAGGAUCACUGCAUCACGGACUCCAUGCUCCACCAAGAUCCCGGGCGGCAUGGACAAACCGGGAUGAUGUUGGACCACUUUCGGCGCGAAUUUGCCCAAUGCCUCGGUACGUCGAGCCUGUCGAAAGAUAGGCCCGGCAUUCCCAUAGUCACCGAUAUCCCACCCUCUCGCUUCUCCAACACCGACGCGAACGGCCUAUGGGAGUACUCGCCCUUUCUGUGUGGCACCGGCCUUAUGGAGGCUCUGGAGUUUGCUUACCUAUACGGUGUGUACCUGUGGGACCGGUUCCCCGAGCCCCUGACAAUCCUACACCUACACAACAUGCUUGUCAAGAAGGGGUAUCUCAAGACGCCCGUCGGGUUGUUCGACGCACUUGCGCAACUCUUUGCCCAGGCCAUUUUCAUCGACGGUAGAGUCCCUUCAUCCAACUUCACAAACGCAUACAAUGCCCGCAUGCGGGCUGGAUCUUCCGCAGGCAAAAAGGGGCGUGACGCGCGCAGGAACGCCCAACAAGGUUACGACUACCACAGCACCAUGGCGGUCGAACACAACCAGUUCUUCAACAUCCAAUCCGGCCUCUGCCUGUUGCGGCGCCACAAGUGGAACCUGCACACCAUCCCGGACGCCGAAAUCCCCCUCCGAUCCCCCCUCUUCAUCGCGCGCAUCUCCCAAACCAACCGCACCCUCGACCCGAAAACCCAGCAACUCCGGCUCGACGACACGGAGCUGGUCAGGCGCGCCCGCGCCGACGGCCUGAGCGACGACGAGAUCAUGGCGAUGGGCGCGAGGAAGGGCGGCACCAGCGCGGGCCGCACGAGCACCCGCCGCUUCAAGCGCCCGGACGAGGCCGCCGGCCGCCACCGCCUGCUCGCCUACGCCAAGGCGCACGUCAUGGGGGAUGUCGCCUGCUCGCAGCGCCCGCUGUCGAGCCUGAACUAUGUCGCCGUCGCGUGCUCCAUGAUGAUGCUGUUCGAGAGUAUGGAGGAGAAGUUGUGCGAGCGCCGGAAUGCGGUCUAUGUGCAGGUCUAUGAGACGACUGAUACGUGGGCCGCCUCAAAGAGGGUUGGCUUGGUGCACGAGGCGAUGGCGGGCGGGGAUGAGGAGUGUCUGGAGCUGAUGGCGGAGGCGUUUGAGGAGAUGAGGAUCUCGUUUAUGGUGCAUGUUUAUUGGGAGAAGUUGCCGCCGUUUGAGGAGUAUGUUGCGACGCUGAACUACGAGGAGCUGGAGGGUGUGGAGUGGGACGGGUGUCCGAUUAUGUGAGUUUGGCUCGGGGGUUGGGGGGGCAGAUGGAUGGUUAUUUGUAGGGGCGCCCCUUGGGAUGCAGGCCCUGGUACACCUGGGUGUGCUUGGGUAGGGGUUGGCUGCAUGCCUUUUCGUGUUGACUUUUGGGAACUUGUUGAGCACUAUCUCUACGUUUAGACUUGCGAUGUCGGUCACCCUGAACACCUUGGUUUAGGAUCGACCGGGGAAGAUACCAGGUAGGUAGGUAGUCCACAUCUGUUAUCGGGGGGCAACCGUCAUUGAUCGGUACACGUGUGGCAUGAGUAAAUCACCACUGCUUUCGAAUUCUG